AUGUCCAAACGCAAGCGCGACGAUCUGGAGGCCGACUCAGCCCCAAUAGCUUCCUACUAUGCUUCAACCCGUCGCAGAACAACAGUCAACCAACAACAACUCAGCCAGUUCAGGAAAACGCUCGAGCAGUCUCGGAAAUCACUUCACGCAGCUCUGCGUCUCGCUCGAGGCUUUGAGCGCCAGAAGAUGGGCCGUCGGCAGAAAAGCGCCAGCAAGGAACCCCAGACGCUGUUGAGGCUGCGGGAGGAAGCAAUUAUUCUGAAGCAGUUAGACCUGGAGAAGACAGCAGCGAAUCAUCUGGUGAAGAGUUUGAGCAAGGCCAAACGUGUGCGGGAGUCUGCUUGCUUUGUCACGGUCUAUGGAGCAGAACCACAUCUUGAUGGUGUCAAGUCUACUGCGGAAGGCAAUGUGCUUGGCAGAUUGUUUGGGAGCGAGCCGGUCCGGAAAGCGAUGGCUGCAGCAACGAGUGAGGUGUACCGGGCACUAGGUAUCGAAGAUGGUGCUGGCGGGACCGCUAAGGAGGGCAGCGGCACUGUGCAGUCCACGACGAAGGCCAACAAGGAGCAUGCGAUGAUCAGCAAACGAUCGAGAGUUGCAGAUGAGGAGCUUGAUCCAAUGGAGAUCACAACUGAUGAGGAGGGAAGCGAAGAAGACGGCGAGGACGAUGAAUUGUUCGAUGACGACUCAUUCGAAGGCUUCUCGGAUGAGGAGGAUGCAGGCAACGAAUCCGGCGCCCACGGUUCACGGCAGUCGCCAUCCAUUUCCGCCUCAGAUUCAGAAGCUGUCGACUCCAACGAGAUCUCCGUCUCCGGUUCUGCUCCGAGCUCAGACUCGUCGGAGGAGAGCGAACACUACUCUGGCUCCGAUGCGGACUCCGCUCCAUCUUCCCAUCCACAACAGCCUGCCCCUCGAAAUGGCCACUCUCUCAAACCCACCCCACCUACGACCACAUCAACGACAGCCUUCCUCCCAUCUCUCUCUAUGGGCGGCUACUACGACCCCGGCUCUGAUUCAGACUCGGAUCAAGAGCCCGAAACAAUACCCAUCGAACGCAAGAAUCGUCGAGGCCAGCAAGCCCGUCGGCAGAUCGCAGAGAUGAAGUACGGCAAGAACGCGAAGCACUUGCAGAAACAGACCAAGACCAAGGACGCAGGCUGGGAUGCGCGAAAAGGCGCUGUAGCUUCUUCCGUCAACACUGGUGGUAGAAACAGCGGAGCUGGACCUCGAAGUAGUAGAGGCGCCGGACAAGGACGAGGGCGAGGUGGCAGCCGAAGCAAGGACGACCAUGCCCGACCGGGGCAAGUGACCGAGAAGCCUAAAAUCCGCGACGACACGGGUCCUGUGCAUCCAUCGUGGGAAGCGGCGAAGGCGAGAAAGCAGCAGGCAGCGGUGAUGGCAAGCGGUGCGGCGGCAUUCGCGGGGAAGAAGAUCACGUUUGACUGA